AUGGGAGUUCAAAUAGAUGAAGAAAUCUAUGAUCAACAAGAUGAUCAACAAAACAAAAACAUCUCACAAUCAGAGUCAUCACCAUUGAUUGCACCACCAACAUCAGCAUCAUCAAUCCCAAUCGAUGUCCCCGUCAACGUUAACAGUCCCAAUGUUCAAUAUGUUCUACCAGCUCGUCCAGUACCAGUUAUCAAGAAAUCAAACAUUUGCUUGAUGAUUAGUCUUAUCAUCUUGAAUUUGAUUUUACAAAACGGAUUAGGAAUCAUUAUUUUCAAUUAUUCACCAAUCAAAUAUUUAUUCAUUGCACCAAUUGUAUUGGGAGUACUUGCCUUGUUGAGUCGCUCCAAAGCUAUACACAUUGCCUCUUUUAGUUUAUCUGUCAUUUUAUUCUUUGCUUCUGCUUUCUGGGCCUGUGUUCUCACCUUUAUCAUUUCUUACUAUUCCCCACUCAGAUACUCAUUUGCCUCUUCCAUCUCAUCGAUCGUCUACCUUCUCAUUACCUCUGUCUGUAUGAGAUACCACGCCAGAUACAUCAAGUAUCUCUCUGCUCAACAAAAGAAUGGUGAAUCAACAUGCCUCUUUAAAAAGUCUGCCAUCUGUUCAGUCGCCACCAACAACAACAACAACGUCAGACAACCAACCACCAUUGCCCCAUCCAUCAAUCCAACCUUUGUCUACAAACAAAACGGUUCAGUUGUUCCAAAUAACAACAACAACAACGUUUUCUAUCCACAAUUACAACCAAUGAACUCAUUUGGAGGAGCUUAUCCACCACAACAACAAUACUUUGUACCAUUUAAUAAUCCAUUCCCACAACAAAUGCAACAACAACAAUCACAACAACAACAACAACAACAACAACAACAAUAUUAUCCAAUUCCAUACUAUUACUCCAUUCCACAACAACAACAACAACAACAACCACCACAACAACCAAAACAAUAA